GUUCGGUCGUAGCAUGCCUUAUGUGACUCACAAUGCCCUGAGAUAGAUAAGACGCGGGAGUGAUGCAGAUUGAGCAUCAUGUCCAAUUCAAGUUUCCUUCACCAAUCUCCUCCCCAAGCAGCCAAUCCCUAGACUACCUAUCAUCCUCUCCAAUCAAUAUACACACCAUCAACUAUCGCAAUGGUCACCCCGGACUAUGUCUAUACCUUCUUCCGCAUCCCCAAGGAAGCGGCCACGAUCCGUGCAUCAGCUGCACAGUAUCGCGCCCUCCGCCUGGAAGCCCUCCGAGUCUCGCCUGGCUCCUUCUCCUCCACCCACGCCAUCGAGUCUGCCUUCACAGAAGACGACUGGAUCGCCCGCCUCACCGUGCCAGACCGCGAGGUGUUCAUCUGCGCGGCCACCCCAACCUCUACCGCCACCAGCCCCAACGGCACUGCGAAUGGCGACGCCAAAACGCAGUGGAUCGCCCAGGUCACCCUGCGCGGCCCCACCCCAGCUGACCAGUUCGCUCUUCCCGCCGCCGCAAACCCGCCCGCGCCGCGCCCGGACAGCGAGGAAGAGCGCUGGCAGAUGCUGAGCUUGUUCACCCUCCCAGCCCACCGGGGCCGCGGGCUGGGCGCGCAGCUGUGCCAGGCCGCACUGGAAUGGCUGCGGGAGUACCGGGCGGAGCCCAAAACGGUGCAGGUGCGGCUGAUCGUCAAGGCGGGGAACGAUGUGACGGUCAAUCUGUAUCGGAGGCUGGGGUUCGAGGACGCAGGGCGGGCCACCUUGGUCGAGGCGCUGAUUGCGAAUGGAGAUGAGGAGUUGGUAGAGGUGAAUUCGGCAGCAUAGUGUACGCCUAGAAGCCCAGCGGUGGCAGAGUGGCGACUACCUGAUACGGAGAAAGCAGAUAAUGAAUCAACACCAGUCCGUAUCGGCGAGACACGCAGUAUGCAUACAUAACUUUGUCAACAAUACUGGCAAAGUAUACUGAUCAAGAAAGAUCUGUAUCAAAUAUCUACAGGCUGUUGCACUGCAGCAGACCGAAAACCAGGAAGAAUUGCUCUGGUCACAAAGCUGUUCGGGCGACUAGAAAGGAGACAGGAUAUCUGUCAGCUCCAAUGAGCUGGAGAGUGAGAACAAGGCCCUUGGCUGCCGCGAGCUCGAAGCACUGUGUACCGCAAAGCGUCUUCUCUGUGGGUUCGGUAGAUGACCGGGACGAGGGCGUGGUGGAGAGUGCGAUUUGCUCGGACCAAGCACGAGAGUGCUUCUGCGUCGUCCAUGCAUUGGGCUAUCAUGACGAGGAAUUCGACUGGAAGGGUAUCG